CAAAAUGGCUGCCAUGACAUUUUUGUAGACGCAGAGAACUUUCAUUUUCUACCUGUACCUGCAUGACUCAGAAAUAUUUAUGAACUAAAUUGCACGAACAUAUAAAUUACUCAAAGAAAUAAAUGGCUUCAGGGGGAGGCAAUCCAUUCAGAAAGCCUGCAGCGACAGAUCCAAGACAGAAGAGCACAUGGCAGAGAACAGCUAGUGCCUCAGACAAAGAUGACAACAUUAGCUUGAACAGUUUACCUAAUGAUCUUAGACCAAAUAACUGGGAUUUUUCUGACUGGAAGCCUACUAGAACUACUUAUGAUAAUUCUAAACGAAGGAAAAAGGGAAACCCGGAGAGAGAAAGGGAGCAGUCAUUAUCUCAGGAUUCACCACCUCCAUCGGAACAGCAACACAGAACGCCCUCGACAUAUCCUCGUACUCGCAUCACUCCUAGUACUCCUACAUCACAAAGGGUCGCCCUAGAAAACCUUAAACAACAGCUAACUUUUAGUGACAAUGAGGAAGCUAGUCUUGACGGUGAGAGAAACAAUGAGAGGAAUGUUCCAAUCCGUCGUGGUCGACCACCAAACUUCACGAGACAAGAUACCUCCAGUACUGAGGGGGCAGGGCCUAGAAAUGAUAUGUCACAACAGAGGGGAAGAAAUAUGGCCAGUCCAAAUAAUGUAGAGGACUUCUUUUCUGAAGCUGGGCCCAACCAAGGAGAGAUUGUUGGUAGAUUGAUGCAGAUUAGAGACUAUAUAAAACAGGCCAAUGUGAUGAUGGAUGCUCUGAACAAGUCUGGUAAUCCGCAAGCUCAUAGGGAGGACCUAGGAAAAUUAAGAAAACUUGCAGAUAGCCUUCAAGAACAAGAAAAUAGCUAUUUGGGCCUUCUUCAGCAGGCCUUGACUAUGAAGGUAGAAAAUACUGCUGUGGAUGGUAGAGAUGACGCUCCCCGCCCUGAUUCAGCCGAGGACAGACAGUCUGUUGACAUUGAUGUUAAAUCAGAGUCUGAUGAAACAGCUACAGAGCGCAGUCCUAGUGCAUCAUCUCGGCCAAGAAUUGAAGAUAAACUUGGUAUGUCUGAAGACGAGGAUUUAGAUGAUGGCACUUCUCCGUUCUCUGUUGACAGAACACUAAUACCAAGUCGAAACUUUGACCAGGAUAAUGAUGUUGAUGAGGGUGAUCCAGAAGGUGAUUUGAUGGCUUUGCGGCAGCAACAGGAAUUACUCCAGAAACUGUUGCAACAGAAAGAACAGAUGACAGCAUUAAAAGAAAGACAAAGAUCCCUAAUAGCUCUGCAGAAAGAUGCUGAAGCCAAACUUAAUGAAGCCAGAGCGUAUGAAGGUAGGAAAGCAGCAUCCAUGAACAGUCUAGGAGGACAGCAGCCUCCACGUCAGAAUCGCCCAGCUGCUGAUAAUAUUUUUGCCAACGUGGAGUCUGAUGGUACACCUAGCUCCCUGCAGGACAUUAGACAACAUUUUAACUUACUGAGGAAUGAGCUGAAGGAGACAGUCAGUGCUGGUUCCAGGAAAGUGGAAAAAAAAGACGACAGGACUCGACCAAGUAAUCCUGCUAUAGAGGCUGCUGCUAAUGAAGCUGCUGCUGCAUUAGAUGACAAUCGUUCACAGUUACAGAACAAACUGGAGGAAUUACACGACAAAAAACAGAAGAUGGAUCAAUUACUGCAGGAGUUACAAAUUCUACGAUCUGAAAGAGUGGAAGAUAUAAUGAAUAAUGGACUACAAGAUAAUAGUACCAGUGCAGCUGUACCUAGAACAAACUCCCAGAUGAGAAUAUCUUCCUCUGAAGCUGCAUCACAACAUGCUGAAGCUACAGAACAUGAUGCUGAAGAUGUCCUUAAAAUGUUGGAGGCUGAAGAAAAAUUUAGAAAAUUGAAAGAGGUGAAAGAGAGGCUGAAUCAGUUAAAAUCAUUGAUGCAGUACUACCAGGCCGAGGAAGAGGACAAAGAAAAUGAUGAGAGAGCUGCGUAUCAGGGUCGUCUAGAGCAAGGGUCAAUACCUGUCAACAAUGAACAGUUAACUGAGGUACCAGUAGAAAUAGUUCGCUCUGGACGUGGUGUGGAGACAAGAUCUGAUGAUGAAAAUGAAUCUGAGAGUAGUUCUAACGAGGAGGGGACAGAAUCUCAUCUCUCUAGUCUUGGUCCCUGGGGUGAUGACCCAGAAAUACAAGAGAAAGUCAAGAAACUAAAGGCAGCAAAAGACAAACUAAAACAGUUACAAGAUCUGGUGUCGAUGGUACAACAUUCUCCUGAUGCUGCCCAGCUGUCGUUACCAGAAAACCUAAUGGAGCUAGCAGGAAGUCUAGAUGACGGGGAGUAUACAGAGGUGAUGGACAAAGGGACAGAACUCAGUGAGGGAGAAAUAGCAAAUGAUCAGGAGGAAGAACGAGACACUUUUUAUGCAGCUAAGAUGCAAGAACAGAUGGAUGAGUUAGAUGAACUGAAAUCUGAACGUCAGCGGCUACUGAACAUACAACAAGAAUUACAGACAUUAAAUGCUAGAUUUCCAACUUCAGAGGUUGCAGAAGGAGACCAGGAAAGAGAUGCAGAACCAACUCAUAAAAGACACAAACAAUCUAAACAGAUACCUGAUGAACCUGAGGUUGAGGGUAGUGAUAGGGCUCCUGUAGUCACGUUUUCCUCCAAUGAUGAAGUUUAUGACAAGAUGAGAAGACAGAGAAUGCUGAGAGAGGAACUCCGACAGAAAAAGAGAGAAGUUGAAGCUAUAAUGAAGAAAGAUGGCUCAAGGAAAAAUUAUGGAAAAAAUCAAGAUGCUCAAAGUGACACGGUUUCUUUUUCAACUGAUGCAUUUGGUGGAGCUGCUAGUGCUGAUGCUACCAUGGCAACUUGGGGAGGUUCUACUGUAGACAACAUGGAGAGCAUCACAGAGGACGGGGUAGAUGGGAACCAGGCUAGUGAUAAUGAUGAAGUGGAUGAUGGAUAUCCCAGUGAUGGUAUUGUACAGGUUGAGGAAGAAGAAGAGGAAUUCGACAAUGAAACUUACACAAUAGAAAAUGAUGUACGUCAGCGAAGAAUGGCCAGAGCAGGGAAAACCAAGCAGAGGACUUAUCCUCGGUCUCGUAAUGAACCUAAAGGUGGGGCUCGACCAAAGCAAAGAAGUUUUGCAAAGAAACAAAAGAAAAGUAGACAAAGACAAGAGAAUUUCAGGUCAGCAGAAGAUAUUAUUCAGGAUGAUGAGCCUGCAUCCUUACAACAGCAAAUCGACAGACUUACAAACUUGUGUCAGUCUUUGUUACAGAGGGACACACCUGGUCCUCUCAUGCAACCGUCUCCUACCGGCUAUGGGUACCAGCAGAACCCUGACAUACAACAACAAUUCCAACAACAGCAAAGUUUGAUGAUGAAUCAGUGUCUUCAACAAAUGUGUAUGCAACAGAUGGAAUUACAGAACCUUCAACGGCAACUCAACAUGUUCACCGAUCCCUACGGUGGCGACAUGCGACUACGGUCUUUACAGUCACUUCCUACAGACAGUCGCAACAUGUCCCCUAAUCUUGAAUCUCGACAGCAACCUUUUAGUGUUCAAGUUCCUCAGUUCCCUAGUAGUUACUAUGGCAAUAGGCGAAGUAAUGAUAGCUCGCCACAAAUGAACAAUGAAGGCUUGUUAAUGAAUCGGUCAUCGUAUGGUCAGGGUAGUGGGAAGAAAGCAUCUAGUGGUAGGAGUAAGAACAAUUAUGAACAAUAUUAUUCUUCUGAGAAAAAGGAAAAGUCACCGAAAAACGUACAAGAAAGAAGUCAAGAAUUCCAAGAUACCCCCAUGCCAUUGUUAAAUUUUGAUGAACAGAAGAAUAGACGAAAGUUAAAUGCAGCAAAAGAUUGGUCAACAACAUCAUUAGCAUCUGAUAGUAAACAUGGAUCAGAGAGACCAGAUAGAGAAGAAGAUGCCAGAAGACAAGGGUUGUCGUUGAGAGCUCGUCAGCUGUUAGAAGAUAUGUAUAGACCAGGCCUUAGUGCUGGAAUUAGUGGAGCAGGUUUCAGGGAAAAUAUCAGCAUUGCUAGUACUAUGUCACAAGCCCAGGAGAGUCCUGGUAAAGAUACAAGAGAAUCAGACGAUGGAGUAGACUUGUCCUUGUUUGAAGCACUGAGAGAGGGUAUAUAUGCUGAAGUUGCUACUUUAAUAUCACAGAACGAAAACCGACCACAUUUCUUGAUAGAGUUGUUUCGAGAAUUACAGAAAUUAAACACAGAUUACCUACGACAAAGAGCUUUGUAUGCCAUCAGAGAUGUGGGGUCAAAGUUCCUCACAGAACAAAAUAAUGAUACAUCUGUUUCUGCUCCAGCUCCAGCCUGGAUGAACACAGAUGCUGUCAAUCAAGGAUCUGAUACAGAAUCUACACCCAGUGAAAGUAUCGUUACAACAGAUAUGGAUGAAAUCACAGAUGCACCCCAGGGACGACGGACACAGUUACAGAACAACAUGUUGUUACGUGGUGGAUCUAUAGCCAAUGAUGCCUUUGAUUACAUAGAGAAUGCUGACAAUGACAGCUCCCUGUCAACGCCUUCUAACAGUUACUGGGAGAAUCCAUUUGCACAGGAUUCCCUUGGUGAUACUGCCAUUAACUUGAAUAAAGCAUUACAGAAAAUGAGAGAAUGUGAAAAGAAAAUGGCAUCAGAGGAGGCCAAGGUCAAAAGUUUAGAGAAUGCACGACAGAAUCGUGAGCUGUCAGAACAAUACAGUAGCUCUGCUGUAGACCAGGGGAGUGAUAAAGAAAGUUCAGUCUCAUCAUUAUCAGUAAGUCAACAGCCCAAGAUAGACACACAGCAGGUUGAUCGACAGAUUAAAAGCAUUAUGACAGAAAUCAUACCAGUUAUCAAACAACACAUGGAUAAUGUGUGUUCCUCAGAACUGCUGACGUACAUCAAGAGAUUAGUUCUAUCAUUGACUCGACAGCGUGAUGGGAGUCAGUACUCCAGGUUCUACCAUACCCAGUUAGGAUCAUCGCUGCAGGAUACAUUGUCAAAGUUUGAAGGCAGGAAAAUGAGAGAUUGUGGUGAAGAUUUGUUAGUAGAUAUGUCAGAAGUAUUAUUUAAUGAGUUGGCUUUCUUCAAAUUGAUGCAAGGAAUUGUGGAUGUUCCUUCAACAUCGGACCAAUCACAACAGACUUCUCCAUUUAAAUCAUCAGGAACACAGACCCAAGAAGUUGAGCAGGAUGAGGAGGAGAAUGAUGAUGAAGAAACUGAUCAGACUCAGGAAUCAGAUACAGAAACUACAUCCUCCACUGCUGAAGAACAAGCCAUCAAUACCUCUAUCAAAAUGGUGGAAAAUGAGGAGGAGGAGUUAGGCAAGAGCAGAGAUGAUGACUUUGCUAAUGAGGUACAAGUUAAGGAUUCUGAAGACAAAGACGAAGACACUGAAUCUCCAUACAAAAUGUCUCCAGUACAGAUAGAGCUGGCUGUGUCAGAAACUAAACCAUUCACAAGAAUUGGCAGUGAUGAAGAUGAUGAGGAUGCAUCAGAAUCACAGAGUGCUGACGAUCCAUCUGAGACUGCUGUGUCAAGAGACGCCAUGAUGGAAAGGUCACUUGACAAUGAUGACGGGACAACUGACGGCAUGCCUGAUGAAGAUUCUUUUGUCAAGAUCAGUAAGGAAGACGCAGAUCAGGGAGCCAAUACAUCAAAAGACAGCAAGUCAUCAGACACGCAGUGUAAUGGGGAGGUUUUAAUGAACGGAGAAAUCACAAUUGACGACCUUCCACCAUCACUAGAUAUCUGUCAGGGUGGUAUUCAACAAAGAGUACAACAAGAGCAGGUCAAUAACUCUGGGACAGCUGCUGUCCUGGCUACCAUGGAAACAGAACAGGAACUGGCAGGAGAUGGACUGUUCCUUAAAGAACCAGGUACAUAAUUUUGAAGAUGAGUUGAAGAUGGAAUAAUACAGAAAGACAGAUAUAUAUAUUUAUAUUUCUUAGAAUGUGUGAUAUAGACCAGGAAAACAAACCAUAUCAAACAGCUAUAAAGUUAUGUUAAUAUUUAGUCACAGAAUUCCUUAAUAAUAUUUACAAUCAAAGUCAUGUGAUCUGUAUACAGUGCAUACAUGUAUAUAUAGAAUUGUUUGAAAAUAACUCAUCCAUCAGGCCUUGUUAUAACAAUCACUCUGGGUAAUGAAUUUUGGGGAGGAAUUCUAGUGAGUCUACUGGAAUAUUUCACUCAUUCAACUUGAUUUGUUCGAAAAUCACUCUUGGAAGGGAUUCUAUUGAAUAGAUGUUGAUGUAUUUACCAGAAAAAUCAUUCUUUAUAUUCAGUAAAUAUUAUUUGACAGACAACCUAGUUCAUUGGUUGUUUCCAGUUUUUAGAUUAAAGGACAAACACUUACAGCUGAAAUAAUUGAGUGUGAACUUGGUGCAUUAAAGUUAAGUUUACUUGUUUGUAAGAUAAACCACAAAUUCUUAUUAGUUUGCUAUUGUAAAUAUAGAAACAGAUUUUUCAGUCAUCUUUUUGUAACAUAUUCUGUGAUUUGAACGACUCGUAAAGACUAUUGUUACCCUUUGAGCUAGUAAACAAAUAUAAAGUUAUUUUAUGGUCUACCAAGCAAAUAGGUCACUUUAACUUCAUUGUUCUGUAUACACACUCAAGUAAAUUAGCUGUAAUGACGAGAUAUCAAAAUAUGUCCCUUUAUGUAUCUAUCUCAUGACUUUGAUUGUACAUCUUACACAUAAGUGCUUUAUAAAUUUGAAGAGGUAGAGCUUCUUAGGGAUCCAUAGAACAGAAUAAAUUGUCAUAUGGAACUCCUGCUGUUUAAAGACGUAGACAUAUUAUAAUGGCAUCUAUUGUAAAUCUUAUACAUAAGCGCUUUGUAAGUCAAUAGAGUAUUCAUUUUCUUAUGACAUCUAAGAUGUAGUCAUUGAUAAAAUUAAUGUAGAUUUUUUAACUGUAGAAAAAAUGGUUGUAAGGGAACAUGUUUGUAGAAAUUGUUGCCCAUUUAUUUAUGUGCAAGAGUUGUCUUUCUUGUCUUUAUCAUUGUAUUUAGUGAUAAAGGGCAAGACAGGUGUUUAAAGUUGCCAUUUUAAGGCUUUUAGUUUAAAGAAUAGUUAUUUGUAAUGUAUGAAACAAAUAAAAUGAAAAUUGUAAAGUAAGUAAAAGUUUCUAUAAAUAUUAAAAAAUAUAAAAAAAACUAAAAUGUGAAAAAUUGGUCUAGAAGCUUUCAAAAAGUUUUUAUUUAAUGAAAUUCAAUAACAACAAGAUAUUGACAUUAUCAGAUAGAAAAUUAAGACAUGUGCCAAAAAAGUAUAUAUCAAAUGCUGUUCUAGGAAUUUGUUUUUUAAAUAAUAUUUUGAUGACUAUGAAAUGUUUUUGGAUACUGUUAAUGCCCCAUAGCGAAAGGCAAAUUGAUGAUUUGAAAUUUAAUUGUUGAGAGAAUGAAGAAGUGUUGUAUUGUAUGAGAAAUGAUGUUAGAAAUUUUUUUUUUGUCCAAUGCUGUGAUGAUCUACGCUGAGCUUCAUCAUGAGAUGUUAAGUAAUCAUCAGGAGAUCAACUGAAAUUGACUUGGUGUCUAUAGUGAAAAUCUGAAGCUAAAACCUGUUACUCAUUAUUUCAAUAGCUACAAAAAAAAAAUGAUAGUUUUUUUUGUAUUUUGUGAAGUUAGACCUAAUUAAUGAAUGUUGUUAAUAGGAAAUAUUGUUUAGGUUGAGAUAUGGUCUGACUUCCAUUACUGACUAAACAGAAAUAUGGUGGUAUUAUUUGCAAAAUUUGAGAACAGGAAGCCACAAAAGUAUUUGGACAGUACAAUAUACCCCCCCACC